UAUACACUCUCACUUCCUAAUUGCUUCACCUACAACAAAAAUCAAUGGCGGCUGCACCUACAUCUUCCCCGCUUAUCAAAGUCGCUGCUCUCUGCGGUUCCCUCCGUAAAGCUUCCUACAAUCGCGGCCUCCUAAAUGCCGCAAUCGAUAUAUCGAAGACAUUUCAAGGUUUGGAGGUAGAGUAUGUGGAUAUAUCAGGGUUGCCGUUCUUGAACACCGAUCUUGAGGUGAAUGGAACGUAUCCGCCUGUGGUGGAGGCUUUCAGGGAGAAGAUAGCUGCUGCUGAUAGUGUACUCUUUGCUUCGCCUGAGUACAACUACUCUGUAACUGGACCUCUGAAAAAUGCGAUUGACUGGGCAUCUCGGCCCCCAAAUGUUUGGGCUGAUAAAACUGCUGCAAUUGUGAGCGCUGGAGGAGGUUUUGGUGGAGGCCGAUCUCAGUAUCACCUCCGUCAGGUAGGCGUUUACAUUGAUCUUCACUUCGUCAACAAACCCGAGUUCUUCCUCAAUGCGUUUGAGUCUCCUGCUAAAUUCGAUAGCGAUGGCAACUUGCAUGACGAAUUAACCAAGGAAAAGCUGAAGGCGCUUCUCUUAUCCUUACACGGGUUCACGCUCCGUCUCAAAAGUAAGUCCGCAUAGUCUGUCAACACAUGCUUGUUGUGCAUCUGAAAAUAGACUGCUAUUAACAUCAAUCUGUGUUGUUUCGUUUGCCUUUGCUAUGUCAUUUAAAUAUUGUCUAAGCCAUCAAAGUGUUAUUCCUCAAUGGCUACGUUGAUGUGUGUUCGUUGUCAUUGGAAUUUAUGAGAAUUGUAUAUUGAUUAA